AUGGGGAAUAAGAUAAAGGAUGUGAAGGAGAGGUUGGAUAAAAUUGUUGGAGAAAAAAGUUUUCACCUGACGGAGGGUUUGAUGGCUCGUGCGGUGGAGGGAAGACAUACUAGUUCCAUAGUGAAUGAAUCCGAAAUUCUUGGAAGGAAUGACGAGAAAGAAAUGAUAAUUGAAAUGUUGCUCGGCGAUUUGAGCGACCGCAACGGUGUUUCGGUGUUUGCUGUCUGCGGCAUGGGGGGACUCGGCAAGACUACACUCGCUGGAUUGGUGUACAAUGAUAAGAGGGUGGAGGGGCACUUCGAUUUAAGAAUUUGGGUUUCCGUGUCUGAUGAUUUCGACAUAAAGAGACUAACGGGAGCGAUUGUAGAGUCCAUAGAACCAGGCUCAUGCAAUAUCACAAACUUGGAUCCACUCCAGCGCCGCCUCCUAGAAAAAUUGAGUGGCAGGAGAUAUUUGCUUGUCUUGGACGACGUGUGGAAUGAGGACCGCGAGAAGUGGGAUAGACUAAAAGACGUACUUAGGUGUGGAGCUAAAGGCAGUAAGGUUGUAGUCACAACAAGGAGUCUGAAAGUUGCUCUUAUUAUGGCUACGCUUCCUGUGCACCAUAUGGAUUUUCUAUCGGAGGAUGAUUCUUGGUCCUUGUUUGAGCAACGGGCUUUUGACAAUCGAAGGAUGGAGGAAGACCAUGAGCUGUUUGAGAUUGGGAAGGCGAUAGUCAAAAAAUGCGGAGGGUUGCCGUUAGCGAUAAAAGCUCUUGGAAGCCUCAUGCAGUUUAAAAGCACUAAAAGUGAGUGGUUAUAUGUGAGGGACAGCAAGAUUUGGGAUCUAACAGAUAAUGGAAGUACUAUAUUGCCUGCCCUAAGGUUGAGCUAUGACAACUUACCUCCACAAUCGAGGCAAUGUUUUGCUUAUUGUUGUGUAUUCGUUAAAGACAGUCAGAUGGAGAAAGACACGCUGAUUGAGUUGUGGAUGGCAAAUGGUUUUAUUCCCUCUAAAGGAGAAACAACUUUGCAUGAUACGGGCCAUGAGAUUUUUAAUGACUUAGUUUGGAGGUCCUUCUUACAAGAUGUGGAGGAGAAUAUCGCCGGCAAAACAGUAUGUAGAAUGCACGAUCUUAUGCACGAUCUGGCGCUAUCAAUUAUGACGUACGAUUUGUGUAUAGUUGACUCCCUUACAGAUCUAAAAAUUCCAGAAAAGGUUCGUCACUUGCUUCUUAACAUUCGCUCAGUAGGGGGAGUAACUUUGAAUGAGGCUAUGCUUGAGGUUCCAUCUCUACGGUCGUUUGUUUUACAUCCAAAUACUGGUUUUUCUUGGAAAGAAGUGUCUCCUUGGAUAUUGAAGCAGAAGUAUCUCAGGGUGUUAGAUUUGGGCGCUCGCAUUAUGUUUGGGAACAAUGGGAAGUUACCAAGACUAAUUUCCAACUCCAACCAUCUUAGGUACCUCGACAUGUCGUGCUCUAACAUAGUCUUUCUACCAGAAUCCAUAUGUGAUCUCCAAAACCUAGAGACUUUGAAACUUAUAGGGUGUUCAGAGCUUUGUAAGUUGCCCAAACACAUGAGGUAUAUGAGAAAUCUCGUAUACCUGGACAUUAAAUGGUGUCGUUCUCUUACAUGUGUCCCUCCUAAAUUGGGACAACUGACUUCCCUACGAAGACUAAGCAUCUUCAUUGUGGGCAAGGCUGAGGGUUACCGUAUUGGUGAGCUGAAAGAAUUGAAUCUUGCGGGGGAGUUGGAAAUAAAGGAACUUGAUAAUGUAAGAAGUCAAGUGGACGCCGAGAAUGCCAAUUUGAAGAGGAAACAUGAUCUUGUUUCUCUGAAUUUACGUUGGAGUGAUCACAAAGAAGAAAACUUACCCAAUGAUGUUGAAGGGGUGCUUGAGAGUCUCCAACCUCACUCGAAUCUGAAGAAGCUGAGUAUAAGUUAUUACCGAGGUUCAAAGUUUCCAAAUUGGAUGAUGUGCUCGGUUCUUAAAAAUCUGGUUAAGCUCUCCCUAUAUUCUUGUUCACGAUGUGAACAACUUCCGCCUCUUGGGAAACUACACUCCCUUAAGAAUCUUGUUAUCUUUGGAAUGGAUUCUCUGAAGUGCUUCGAUCCUGAGUAUUAUGGAGAUGGGAAAAUUUCAUUCCAGGCACUAGAGACGCUCCAACUUGUAGGAAUGCGGAGUUUGGAGGAAUGGACGACAAUGGAUAGACAAGAUGUUUUCCCGUGCCUACGAGAGUUGUAUAUAUACAACUGCCCCAAGCUAACUAAUUUGUCUGCCCUUCCAACACUUAAGGAAUUGCGGAUUGGUGAAAAUGAAAUGUUAAUCAAGUCAGUGAAUAAUCUGACUUCACUUUCCUCUCUUGACAUAGAAAACUUGCAGUUGGCGAUUCUUCCAGACGGAUUGUUUCAAAAUCUUGAGGCCUUGGAGUCCCUAGAGCUAAGGGGUAUGCCCAAUAUCGAGACUGCAAAAUCAGAUGUCUGGUUUGUCUUCUCUGAAGCGAUUGAGACUUGA